CGAGGGCGCGCCAUGUACCUCCUGGUGCGAGAGCAGGACAUCGUCGGCCGUGCAAUUCAGGGCCUGGCCCCGAACGAUCUUCGUUGACGAUCAUAUCGAAGCUCCCCUGCAUGACUAAAUACUGUCCCUUCCGACGACCUCGCCUGCUCCAAGACUUCCAUCACUUCUAUCUAUAUCACCAUCACGACGAGUACCACACUACGCCGCCAUCUCAGACCGGCCCAGAGACUCAUGUCACCUGUCAAUGCCACGCCAGAUAUCAUGCUGACCGUCCUAUAACACCCUUCUUUUAAAUCUCCCUGGGCCCUUUCCUUCUCCCUCACACCCGGCAACCACCAGCCACAGAGCCAUACGAUUUGUCCGCUCCAGGUGAUAUCAGCCUUUUACGCUUUGGUCCGCCGAUCUGUUGGAGCAUAACCGACACCACACUCACAAGCUCACCGUCAACACCACUCCGAGCCGGAGGCGACCCUGACCCGGCCCUGACCUUUCCGCAAGACCUGGCCAGACCUCCCCGGCCGGCCACGAUCUCUUCUCGUUCGACCAUCAAGGACCUACCACACAUCAAGACUGUCAAUCUUUUUUUCUCUAUUGUUCUCGCACCUCCGUCGGCCAUAUCGAGGUUGGGCGACAAGAUAUCAGUGACACCCAACCUGCCUACACGGGGCUGUGUCCGUUGCUGCACGGCCGCGCCGGGAGACAUACUCCCAUACGGACGGAUACCCUCUUAACCACUGCAUUUGUGAACCAUCGUUCUCGAGUUUGUGGCGUAUCAGACUCCCCUAGACCCACUGAGACCCGUGUGUGAGCCAGUCAGGUCACAUUUGGCCAGCAUCAGGCCCCAUCACAUCUCUCACCAACUGCGACUCACGCAAGCUCUUUUGUCUUGCUCAGGAGAGUAGACUCCGACGUCUUGGGCCCACGCUUGCCUUGAGCAGCCCAGCCCAUAGGCUCGCCUGGAACGACCGGGAAGCAGCGGUCAGCUUGACUGAAAUAGCACUACACCUCGGUAUCGAGGUGCUGCAAGGUCUGGGGCUUAUUCAGAGCACGUACUGUUCCGCGCCAUCCUGCCACCACUCAGCCAUUGGCCCUUACGCAAGGUACCGCUGCACAAUUUGAGCUUGGAACCCUCUGGUCAGUGGGUAGCCCCUUCUGAAUCUCAGCAAGUUUGGGUCUCGUUCCGCUGCUCGAGUCCUGGCAUCUGCCAGAGGUUAUAGCGUCGAGGCGGCCUGAUCUCGCAUUACCAUCCAUCCCCGCUGGUUCCCAAGCGAAGCACACCUCGCGAUCCAACCCCAGCUCGGAGAAAAUUCGAUCUCUUCGCGCACUAGCCCGGGCAGACACCCAUCCCCUUGCAGUCUCAGUACUUGGGUACACCAACCCUGCACUGUCGGGACUCGCCCUGUCCACGUCAACCGUCGUUCGGAGCAGAUCUAACAUAUCUACGAGCACUACCCUCUCCACUUCUGUAUCACGAUCUCUGGGUAGAUCUGUCCAUCCACCUACGCUGCCGAACCCAUCCCGACCGGCACCGCCAAUUUGGAUCGAAAUUUGCUCGUUGCAACUGCGGUCAUUUCCCGAAUCAACUGUGGAUACUAUAUACGCCGGUAUUUGAAGAUUAUCGAGAUCCUGUAGUGACACUGCACUCGCCCGUGUCACGAAUUACCUUUCGUCAAAGUUUCAUUGCGCCUGUCAUUAGAAUCAUCGCAGUGUUGUCCUUGAGGAAGGCCCACUCCUCCUUUGAGAUUUGGCUCCCGGUGACCACCCCAAAGACAGUUCGAAACCUUUCGACUAUCUUCGUGGCAGACAACCUGCUCUUUGCUCUCGCAUCUUUUUCGGUCUUUUCUUGGAUGGACCUUGCCAUCUCAAAGUUUCCGCACCUCCCGCAACAGCACGACCCGCACUCUCGACGACAGAGACAAGUUGUUGAUUGCCACAGCAAGUGCACAGCAAGUUCCGAGCGAUCCAGUCCAGCUUUCCAGAAAUAUCCGACAACGGUUUAAUCUUGACGUCCAUUCCAUACCACGGGACGUGAUCGUUUCUUGAACUCCAGGUGAUCGUGUGCCGGGGUGCGCGCAUCUCUCUGCGGUUCCUCAACCAACACGUGCUCCCGCAGGUCCAGGACAACAAGCCGGAGGCUCCUCAUUUACAUCUGACGAGCCUUUCUUUUUUUUUUUUUUUUUUGACAAGUUCAAACCAGCGCGAACUUUUGGUCGCAGCUAACAACUGUUAUUUGAACACGGGAUCCGCAUACAGGAUUGGCCUUGAGCAAGACCAUUCCGACUGACAGAAGAAACGCGAUCCGAGUCGAACGGCAUACGAGCGAAGCAUCUGUCGCCGUACGCAAACCCCGAAGCGGCAAUGUCUGCGUACGACUUUGCCGGAAACCCUCAAUGGGGACCAUUGUAUCCACUGGGGGGGUCUUCCCAAAACCUCCUGCCUCAUGUGUCUCAUGCCCCCCAAUCGAUGUCGUCGUCCUGGGAUCAUAGCUCCCCGUACCGGUUGACAAUGAAGCAACAGCCAGAGAGAGCAAAGGCGGCCAACGCAAAGGACAAGGACCGGAAACCAGUCGAUCCUCCACCAGUCCUGCAACUCGACGUGGAUCCGAGCCAAGAUCCGUUGCAGGUUUACAUCACUUCCCCUUACCUAUUCGUUCAAACAUUCCUAAUAGGCGCCGCUGAAUCCGACCCGGAUCCAGACCUGAACGCGCUCACAGGAAAUACCUGCACCAGCGGACACGUUGUCAAGGAUGACCGAGGUGUGCACAACAUGAUGUUUUGCCUGAACGAUAUUUCUAUCAAAAAGGAAGGCACUUACAGAUUGAAAUUCUGCCUUUUCAAGCUGAACACAACGACGGGAGACGUCGAAAACCUUACUUCAGUUUGUUCGGAACCCUUUACGACAUACAGCGGAAGGCAUUUUCCGGGCAUGUCAGAGUCGACGUCAAUGACAAGGCUGUUGGUUGACGCUGGAGUUCGGCUUCGUCUGCGCAAGGAAUCCAAGGCGAUGAGCACCAAGAAGAAGAACAACGCAUUCGCGCACAUGAUGAGCCGCAGGGCCCGUGACGAAGACGAGGACAGGCCCGGAAAACGUGUACGGUCUGAAACUGGAGACGAGAAGCCAAUGAACUACUCGAAACAUGGCAGUUUUUCGCAAGCGCAUUCGUUCGCGACGCAUCCGACUCCUUCGUCGUCAAUGUCACACUACCCAGGCGGCUUCCACGCGGUCACUUCGUCUCCCAGCCAGAGUAUCGCACCGAUGAGCUCCAUGCCGACUGGUUACAACCAAGGAAUCCAUUCGGCCUCGCCAAUGCUGAGCCUCGACACACACGUGAAUCACUACCACAACAGUCCAACUUCGACCGGAUCGAGCUACCACUCCCCAGUGCGACAGUCUCCUACCACCGGGUAUCAACUGCAAGCUACCGUGGCGUCUUCUCAAGGCCUCGUGGCGACGAGUCCGUUGGCUCAGUAUAGCAGUAGCCACGCGACGCAGCCUCCAAUUCUACCGCCGGUCGAUAUGAUGAACCCGCACGCAGGCUCUUCUCCUGACUUGAACUACACUACAUCUACAAAUUAUGGUGGAGGGUACCUACCUUCUUCGCAAUCGAGGCCCCUCCCUUCGAUGCAGCAGAGGUCAACCAGCUGGGGAUCAAGCAUGCCAAUGCGCAUGAACGCGCCGAUGCUGCAGAACGGGCAGUCGCUGCCAUCCGUCAGUGGGCCAUACGGCGAAGGAGCCAUGUUCGAGCAAUACAGCUACGGACCGAGGGAUGGUCAUUGACUACUGGCCUGACGGCUGGGAUAGGCACGAUGUCUUUUCCCAGCACGGCGAAAAGAAUGGUUGAUGAUGACCGAGGAUGAUUGGCGAUACUCAACGGCGCCUAUAAUCGAACCUGAUGCACACUUUCACGUUUUCAGUUCUAGCAUCUUGGGCUGUCCCGCUGGUGCAGAUCCAGCGGGGGGCUUGUGUUUAUUAACGAAUACCUUUUUUAAAACCCCAUGUGUUUCCUAGCUACUACUAAUUAUCGAGCAUUUCUGGGCGGGCAAAAGAGAACAAUAGGCGGAGGAGACGCACCAUUUCAUGAAACAACAGGAAAUUUCCCAAGAUACCCCCAUACCCUGAUAGCAUUUCACCCAGGAUCUUUCAUUUGUGCAUCUCUUCCGGGCAUCAUCGUUUGGAGUUCUUUGGACUGUGGAUGCCUCACUCGGAAUAUGUCUACCCCAACCCGGCUCCCCCCUGUUUGCUUUAGGCCUCACUGGCACCCCAAAAUCCCAUCCUCAUUACAGAAUCAAUGGCAAUAUCUUCGUAUGCGGAUCAUGAGAUUACCUUUAGGACCGCCCAUGCACCCUGGAUGCCUGGGGUGCGGAUCUCUUUCCGGCGUAGUGAUGUUACUCUGCC